AAUUUGACAAUCUAGAUAUAAACUAGGUGAUCUUGGACGCCACAUAUAUUUGUUUUGUCGGAUGAUUAUAAUUGAAGAAAGCAUCAACAAAUUGCUGUCUAUAAAAUAAAAUAAAAUAAGAACAAUCACUUUGAGUCCUUUGUAAAUCUCUAUGAAAUUGCAAUUUCAAAGAGUUCUGUUCUUCUGAAUUCCCAAUUAGUUUUCACCAUCUAUAUCUGUUUCAGUAAAAGAUUUAUGCAUCAAGAACGUGUAUGGAUCAUCACCCUGAUGAACAUGAACAUGAAAACAUAUUGAACAAAGAUGAUAAAGCAUGCAAAUCCAUGGAGAAUUUAGAGCUUGAUGGUGUUUCCGGCGGAUUCGACUGUAAUAUCUGUCUGGAUUCGGUUAACGAUCCGGUGGUGACACUUUGUGGUCAUCUCUACUGCUGGCCUUGCAUCUACAAGUGGAUUCAUCAUCAACAUGAUACAUCUGAAACCCUAGAAAAGAAAAACCCUCGGUGUCCUGUAUGUAGUUGCGACGUGUCUGAAAAAAAUAUUGUCCCCUUAUACGGCCGUGGACAGGCUGCAAAUCAUGUUAAUGAAGAAAAGAGUUCGGGUUUAAGGGAGGUGAUCCCACCCAGGCCUCCAACACCGCGAUACGGGGUUAUGGGCACACACGAUUCACAAAUUAGUCAUCGUGGGUUUCAACAACGAGCUCCACCUCCUCUAGUUAUGCCGGUUCGUGGUAGUGUGGAUAUAUCGGCUCCAAUUAGUCCUAGUCCAACUAUAGGGAUGCUUGGAGAGAUGGUUUCGGGUAGGAUUUUGGGGGAUCUGGAUAGUCCUUUGUUUGCUACGCCGAAUUCGUAUAGUUUGGCCGGGGUUAGUACUCGACGAGCGAGAAGGCAGGCGACACAGGCCGAUAGAUCGCUUAGUCGAAUUUACGCUUUCUUGUUUUGUUGCAUAAUUUUGUGUCUUCUCUUGUUUACAUAAACAUGAAAGUUAUGUUUACAUAAACAUGAAAGUUAUGUUUGAUGCUCUUUUUUGUUUUGUGGUCAUAAAACUGGUGGAUUGCCUAACUUCUUUGUUAGAUAUAGUGAUAUAUUUUAAUUGGUUGAUAAAUCA